CGUGGACUCCCUUUAAUCCAGUGACUGUCAGGUCGAUCAUAUCCAUGUUUGACCGUGAGAACAAGGCCGGUGUGAACUUCAGCGAGUUCACGGGUGUGUGGAAGUACAUCACGGACUGGCAGAACGUCUUCCGCACGUACGACCGGGACAACUCCGGGAUGAUCGACAAGAACGAGCUGAAGCAGGCCCUUUCAGGUUUCGGCUACCGGCUCUCUGACCAGUUCCACGACAUCCUCAUUCGAAAGUUCGACAGGCAGGGACGGGGACAGAUCGCCUUCGACGACUUCAUCCAGGGCUGCAUCGUCCUGCAGAGGUUGACGGAUAUAUUCAGACGUUACGACACGGAUCAGGAUGGCUGGAUUCAGGUGUCGUACGAACAGUACCUGUCCAUGGUCUUCAGUAUCGUAUGACCCUGGCCUCUCAUGAAGAGCAGCACGACAUGGCAAGAGCCGAAACGCCAAAGUUCCUGCCUGUGAGGGAACGGAACCCAGAUGCAGUUAGAUGCUGUUCUUCCUUUAGAUUUUACCAUGUGGGGACCCAGCUGUACAUAUGUGGAUAAGGUGAUUAAUGUUUUCCAACUGUAAUAGUAGCUGCAUCAUUAUAAUGCAGACAUUGGAUUUGGUGACUGUCUCAUUGUGCCAUGAGGUAAAUGUAAUAAUGUUUGAGGCAUUCUGCUUGCAAAAAAAUCUAUCAUGUGCUUUUCUAGAUGUCUCUGGUUCUAUAGUGGAAAUGCUUUUAUUAGUCAAUAGGAAUUUUAAAAUAAUAUGGAACUUGCACAAAAGGCUUUUCAUGUGCCUUACUUUUUUAAAAAGGAGUUUAUUGUAUUCAUUGGUAUAUGCGACAUAAGCAAUAAAGGGAAUGUUAGACCUGU